AUGUCUCAUCUAUACAGCAGCCGUUGGAAUCCUAGAUACCAAGAACCUGAGAUUCCCAGCGCCGACGAACUUGCUGACGCGCUCGAAAGAAACGAGGAGGAAAGAGGUGAUCUAGUGAGAGAGAUUCUUUAUCUGCUCGACAGGACCAACUCCCCCGAAGCAUGUCAAAUCUUCAGAGCAGACGGCACUCCAAACUCCCAGAUGCUAUACCUCAAGCGUCAGGUCAUGUUCAAAUUCAACCGACUUCUCGAUAGCUGGAACCUAUAUAUGGACCUUACCGACAUCAACAUAAGCAGCAUGAUACUUUCCAAUGAAUUGGGUGUCGAGGACGCUUCUCAGCAAAGACAUCUGCACGAGCUGUAUGCUGACAAACUUCGAGAUAUAUAUGUUGAGGCGAAGCGCGAGUGGACCAAGGAGUUUCGCAGCCAUUUGACCCUUGUCACGCUGUGGCGCACGCUGUUGAGUCGCUCCGCUGGUAUCGCUUAA